GAGAACGGUUGGUAACACGUGCCAAACAUUACUGAGCAGGCCAUGCAGUCAGUUCAUGGAGUCGCCAAAAAUCAGGUUUCCGCAAAUAUCAAGGAUCCAUCUCUUUUUUAGGGGACACUUUUUCAAUGAGUAUCACGGACUCCUUAACCUGUUCUGAGUAUUUUAAUUCGUAGUGUUACUUUUCUUUCUUUAUUACUGGCUGUGAUGGGUUAAUUCUAUAUGUCAUCUUGACUGGGGGGCGGGGGGAGGCGGCAGAUGUUUGGCCAAACCUUAUUCUGUAUGAGAUGAACAUUUACGUGGGCAGAAAAUGUCCACAUCUCAUCAGCCAAAGGCCUGAACAGAACAAAAAAGGCUGAGCCUCCUCCAACCAAAAAAAAAAAAAAAAAAAUUCUUCCUGCCUGCCUUCCAACAGGGACAAUGGGUUUUUUUUCCAGCCUUUGGACUUGAAUUGAAAUAGCGGCUCUCCAGGGUCUGUGGCCUGCAGAGUAGAUGGUGGGACUUCGCGGCCUUCAUAACUGAUCCCUUCCAGGAUCGUCCUGUCUCCUUGGGCUUCUCUUGACUGUGGCAGUUCCUCCGGCUUUCCUUAUUUUUGAUGACCUUGACCGUUUGGAGGGGUACUGGUCAGGGGUACCUCUUCACAUCUGGAGAAUCUGCUCCUUGAAGAAAUCUUGAGAACCAUUGUUCUAAGAUAGCUGAUCAGCUUCCUUGGAUUUUGCUGAUGACCCAGGAGAGCUUUGCCUGAAGAUGGAAACACUGGAGUCGGAGCUGACCUGCCCUAUUUGUCUGGAGCUCUUUGAGGACCCUCUCCUGCUCCCCUGUGCACACAGCCUCUGCUUCAACUGCGCCCACCGCAUCCUGGUGUCACACUGCGCCACCAACGAGUCUGUGGAGUCCAUCACCGCCUUCCAGUGCCCCACCUGCCGGCAUGUCAUCACGCUCAGCCAGCGAGGUCUAGACGGGCUCAAGCGCAACGUCACCCUGCAGAACAUCAUCGACAGGUUCCAGAAAGCCUCCGUGAGCGGGCCCAACUCCCCCAGCGAGACGCGCCGCGAGCGGGCCUUCGACGGCAACAGCAUGAGCUCCGCCGAGAAAGUCCUCUGCCAGUUCUGUGACCAGGAUCCUGCCCAGGACGCGGUGAAGACCUGUGUCACUUGCGAAGUGUCCUACUGUGACGAGUGCCUGAAAGCCACUCACCCGAACAAGAAGCCCUUUACAGGCCAUCGUCUGAUUGAGCCCAUCCCGGACUCGCACAUCCGGGGGCUGAUGUGCCUGGAGCACGAGGAUGAGAAGGUGAAUAUGUACUGUGUGACCGAUGACCAGUUAAUCUGUGCCUUGUGUAAACUGGUUGGGCGGCACCGCGAUCAUCAGGUGGCAGCUUUGAGUGAGCGCUAUGACAAAUUGAAGCAAAACUUAGAGAGUAACCUCACCAACCUUAUUAAGAGGAACACCGAACUGGAGACGCUUCUGGCUAAACUCAUCCAGACGUGUCAACAUGUUGAGGUCAAUGCCUCACGUCAGGAAGCCAAAUUGAUGGAGGAGUGCGAUCUUCUCAUUGAGAUCAUUCAGCAAAGACGACAAAUUAUUGGAACCAAGAUCAAAGAAGGGAAGGUGAUGAGGCUUCGCAAACUGGCUCAGCAGAUUGCAAACUGCAAGCAGUGCAUUGAGCGGUCGGCAUCACUCAUCUCCCAAGCGGAACACUCUCUGAAGGAGAAUGAUCACGCGCGUUUCCUCCAGACCGCCAAGAACAUCACGGAGAGGGUCUCCAUGGCAACAGCAUCAUCCCAGGUCCUCAUUCCUGAAAUCAACCUCAACGACACAUUUGACACCUUUGCCUUAGAUUUUUCCCGAGAGAAGAAGUUGCUAGAAUGUCUGGAUUACCUAACAGCUCCCAACCCUCCCACGAUCAGAGAAGAGCUCUGCACGGCUUCCUAUGACACCAUCACCGUUCACUGGACCUCUGAUGACGAAUUCAGUGUGGUUUCCUACGAGCUCCAAUACACCAUAUUCACCGGACAAGCCAACGUCGUCAGUCUGUGUAACUCGGCCGAUAGCUGGAUGAUUGUGCCCAAUAUCAAGCAGAACCACUACACGGUGCACGGUCUGCAGAGCGGCACCAAGUACAUCUUCAUCGUCAAGGCCAUCAACCAGGCGGGCAGCCGCAGCAGUGAACCUGGGAAGCUGAAGACAAACAGCCAGCCAUUUAAACUGGACCCCAAGUCUGCUCAUCGAAAGCUGAAGGUGUCCCAUGAUAACUUGACAGUAGAACGGGAUGAGUCAUCGUCCAAGAAGAGCCACACACCUGAACGCUUCACCAGCCAAGGGAGCUAUGGUGUAGCUGGAAAUGUGUUCAUCGAUAGUGGCCGGCAUUACUGGGAAGUGGUCAUAAGUGGAAGCACAUGGUAUGCCAUCGGCCUUGCUUACAAAUCGGCCCCGAAGCACGAGUGGAUUGGGAAGAACUCCGCUUCCUGGGCGCUGUGCCGCUGUCACAAUACCUGGGUGGUGAGACACAACAGCAAGGAGGUCCCCAUCGAGCCGGCCCCCCACCUGCGGCGCGUCGGCAUCCUGCUGGACUACGACAACGGCUCCGUUGCCUUCUACGAUGCCUUGAACUCCCUCCACCUCUACACUUUCGACGUCACCUUCUCGCAGCCCGUGUGCCCCACGUUCACUGUGUGGAACAAAUGCCUGACCAUUAUCACGGGCCUGCCAAUCCCAGACCAUCUGGACUGCACAGAGCAGCUGCCGUGAGCGCCUGGCUCCGCCGAGCGAUUUGCUGGGGAGUCCGAAGGGUGGCGGCCACCAUAUCGGGGACAGAGAAAAAAAGCACAGGCUUCCAGAAUGUCAUUCCAUCUCGGCAACAAGCAUCCAGACACCAGCUGCGCUAGGACGCCCCACAGGCAGUUCCCACCCUUGUCCCGGGUAAUGGGAUUCAGUUCAGGCUUUCAUUCGUGUCUUUAACUGUUUUGUUCUAUAUUCACAGGAAAAGGUGUAUUGAUAAAAGCAACGUAGCCAGGAUCACGACGCCCAGGAAUGACCUGGUUUUGCACAGGAGGCGGCCCAUACGUUGACCCGCUGUUACCACCUUGAUUCCAUCACCGUCCAUGGGCUUGGAAAAAAAAAAAAAUCUUGAGUUUUGCGCGCGUCUUUACCUCACAUCGUCCAUCCUACUGAUGCCGCCGUAGGUCCGGUCGCCCCCACACAGGGCUUCACCAUCUGCAACUCCUUUCAAAAUAAAAAAAGAGUUUGGAACCUAGUAGGGAAGUAAACCGACUUUCUAACUCUGGUUUCGCUUGAAGGGGCUUUAACUCUGAUGUCUGAAAUAUGAAGUGGAUGCAGGAGGAUGGAGAGAGCAAAAGAGCGUGGAAAAGAACGGACCUGGGGGCUUGGAAUCCGCCGCGGCGACAUCGGUCCUUCCCUUCCUGCUGGCUGGUGGGGAUGAGGCCGACAAGAAAGGUUCUGAAACCGCUGGCCCCAUCCUGCCCUGUGUUGCCCGGGCUUAAGGAUUCUGGGAGCACAUUAGGAAUGACAAUGCCUCCAUUUCAGUUUAAACUUGUGUGUGUGUGUGUGUGUGUGUGUGUGUGUGUGUGUGUGUGUGUGUGGCAUAAGAGGUAGGCGUGUGUGUGUGUGUGUGUGUGUGUGUGGCAUAAGAGGUAGGCAUCAGGGUUACCGUUACGAUAUUCUUAUAGCAUCAUCAGCAAUGCCAGCCGCAAUCCGUGGAAAACCUUUUCUGGCCCCCCAAGCUUGCUUUGGAGCCUGAAUUGAAAAUUAAAUCCUAUCAAUAUGAAAAAAAAAAGACAAAGCAAGGACCGUGCCAUCGAAAUGAGUCGCUUUGACUCCGACGGCUAAUUUCAAAAGUUCAGGCUGAUGGGCGUUUUAGGAGAGGGAGGAUUCUAGGUCUUGCUCGAAAUGUAUUCUUUGAGUAGUUUCUUUAGGCCUGUGACGUGUCUUCACUGUGUUUAAGAGCCUGUGCCCCCUUCCCCUGAGUCAUUUUCCUUGGUCGCUGGGAAUGAGGAAUCAGCCUUCUCUGUCACACGUGGCAGCACCACUUUGGAUGGCUUUUGCUCUCCUGGACACUAGCACGUGGCCCCAACCCUCACUACCACAUCCAACUAUAAGUCACCUGAAAAACACUUACUAUUUAUGAGUUGUUAACAAGGGAUGUUGCAAAAAAGUACUAUUCUCUAGUAUACGUGCCUCAACAGUUAUUAUAAAGACUUUGAAAAAUCAAACACCUCUUGAAAGAUGUAGAAAUCCCUCUAUAUUCUAGUAUAGUUUGCCAUAGAGAGGUCAGAAAAAAAAAAAAAAAAAAUCAAACUCCCUCUUCUCGUGCUGGAACCUGCUCAAAGAACCUACGAAUGCAGUGUCAGAUGGGAUUCUCAGCAUGCUCAUCUGACGUCUAGGAGCGAUCCGUGCAUUUAGGCUUUUUUAAGCGGGCCUUGAACUUGGACCAGGGAUCUGGCAUUGGGUCUACCUUGACAAAGGGUAGGACAUCUAUAAAUCCUUUCCCUCACUAAAAUAUUUAUCUGGGCUCCUGGGUUGGCCAUUUUGACUGCACAGAGCGAUGGAGCUAGACAGUGUUUUUGCCCGUUUUUUUUUUAUGGAGCCCAUCAACCAACUGGUUCUUUGAUAAGCGUCCAUAGACCGGCUGUUUCAGCAUCACCUUAUUCGAUGGCGAGUCUGGACGGCACAGGCGGCCUCCCGGGUGCUUCUGCCUCUUCCCUGGCAGAUGUGCUCCUUUUUUCCUAACAGAUAGAUUCUAUAUAUUUACUAUAUUAUUUAUACCCAGAUGAAUAUUUUGAUAGUUCCUUAGGACAAUUUCACACCUAAAAGAUGGGCGCCUCAAUAGGGGAAAAAAAAUCAUUCUCUGCCAACUUAAGGGGUUUGUGUUUUUUUGUUUUUUGUUUUUUUACAAUAUAAAAACCAUGUGCAUUUGCCUUCCCUGCGUAAACCAGAAGGGGUGGCUGAGUAGUUUUUACACGCUUUUUUGGUAGCUGGAAAACAGAUAUUUUCAUGCACUUUGUACACGAAGAGGUUUGGAAUGAAAGAGUCUAACACUCAGCUUCUGAGGUUUUUAAAUCGUGGUCUCCAGGUACAAUAAACCCUACAGUUUGCCUUAUGAUGUUCAAAAAAACAAAGCAUUUUUGAGGACACUUGUUUCCAUGAAUAUAAUGCUUUUCAAUCUAAAGAAGUUACUCCUCCAAUUUUCCCUGCAAGCCAUUUAGGUUAUGUUCUGGCUCUUUUUCUAAAGGACAGGAGGGAUGAUGUUAUCUUUUUGUUGUGGAAGUCUCGCUCUUUGCUAACUGAAAAACAUUGCGGACAGUAGCAGUUCCUCUUUUUUCCAUGUUGUCCUAUUUACAGACAAAGAUGUAUAUGGUGCCAGGGCCACCGUGUCUCCUUUCCUUGCUGUAAUGAUGUCGAAAAGAUUUCCAUGUGGAUCUUUUUUGGGAACGUUUGAAAAACACAUGCUGUCAACAUUUGCUGCAGUACAAUUCUUGAAAUGGAUCAGGGGCCCGGCCUUUUGCUCUCAAGGUUUCUAAGUUCACAGGAAGCAUCGCAAUACAGAGGAGAAGGAGAUGGCAGGGCCGAUUAAACGAAGACACAACACUGCAUGCAGUGCCAAGCAAGAGUGCCAGGGCCGACGUCGUGCGUGGGUGAACGGGGCUGUCGCCAUCUCGAACUGCUUAAUCGUGUCUGGACAAGGGGCCUGCGUUUUCAUUUUGCCCUGGGCCUAUGCCAGUAUGUAGCCAGCCCUCCUAACAGAACUCAGAAACACAGUACCCACCCGUCUGGUGGCUACACAUGAAGAACCCUAGGACCCAGGGUUGAAAGUGGCUGGCCCAAUCAAGCAGCCAUCUGGAUGGAGAAAGAUGACAGUGGGGGAUGCGGGGGCGGGGGGGGGACGUUCUUUCCAGCUUGAAAAUGACUUUGAAAGCAGACUGUACCUAUUGAUGAGAAUUUCUGCUGGAGAGGAGGAAAAGGCCUGAUGACAAACAGGCAUUUUAUUACAGUGCUGAGAUGCUGUCCCCGACUUCCGGAGGAACCGAGCCAGUGCCGCCCCUGACCUCUCCCGCCUCCCGCCCCGGGAACGUGGAAUUGUUUCGCCUCCAGGCACAGAGGCAGUGCUUGCAGAGACACACGGAUGUAAUGCUGUGCUUUUGGUACUGCGAAGCCGGCGAUCUGGUCUAUCCUUCGAGAAUGUUUAAAAGGACUUAAAGACGGUAAAAGGGGGCGGGAGGAUGUUUUUAAAGUAGGGGUUCUCUACUGGGGGGCGAUCCGGCCAAUGUCUGGAGGCAUCUGGGGGGGUCGCAACUGGAGGGGGGGAGGAUGCGACGGGCAUCUAGUGAGUAGAGACCAGAGAUGCUGCUUAAUAUCCUACAAAGCACAGCACAGCCCCCAUGACAAAGAAUUAUCUGGCCCCAACCAUCCGUAGUGCCCCGGCUGAGUAACUUGUUUGGUUGGUUUUCUAAGCCCAACUUUCCUCAAUAUUUACUUUUCCUGUCAUCGAGUUGAUGCCUGGGGUACCAAGCAAAGCAAAGCAAAGGGGGCACCGAAUCCUCCACGGCAGAGGCUCCUUCCCUUUAAAAAAGAUGUAGGAAACGGUUUUCAAAACUGCAAUCCGAAAAGCAACCCACACCUGUGUCAGUCGGGAAUCUACAGCGAAGUGUCACAAAGCUCUGGGUGUCGCGGGCUUAGUUUGGAAAUGCCAGGUCCGUUCUCUGUACACUGCUCCUUUCACCUCAGCAAAUUCAGUCCCUGUACCCGAGUCACACCGCCACGCCCUCAGCCCCACUGUCCAUUGCUGUUGCUUUCUGAUUCAAAAUAAAGUCAUUUUUGUGGUUCCAAA